AUGUCCGUGUUAGCGUGGAGUGGGCUUCGUGCUUGCUCAAAGCGGUCCGUACCAUCGUAUCUGAAUCAUGGAAAAUCAAUGCCUAUACUGGGCACUCUGUCACCGAUGUCUGGCGUAUCCGUGGCACCUGCUCGGUUCGCGUCUACUGCGUCUCGGCAUCGUAGCUUCAUGGUGACACGUAUGAGCCAGCUAACUUUGGCGAGGCCAUCAUUGUAUCGUCCUAUGUCUUUCCAGAAGUACUCAACGUCAUCUGUCUCUCCUGCUUUCGAAUCUACCACAUCCACGCCACCCGCUUCGGAAAAGGCUAUGCCUGUGCCUGAGACAACGAGCAAAGUUGUGGCAUACCAUCUACUUGCAUCCGCAGCUUUGGUCUUCCUUAUUAUUAUCGUCGGCGGUAUCACACGUCUUACGGAGUCGGGCUUGUCUAUCACUGAAUGGAAUCCGGGCCUGAAGGGCAUGCGUCUGCCUCAAACGGAUGAAGAAUGGAACGAAGAAUGGGACAAGUACAAGCAGUCACCAGAAUUUCAAAUGCUGAACGCCAACAUGAGUCUAGACGACUUCAAGAGGAUUUUUCUGUGGGAAUGGUCGCAUCGCAUUCUUGGUCGCUUUAUCGGUGUAUUUUUUGCUGUACCCGCUGCUCUAUUCUGCAUGCGCAAAGGGAUGACUACACCUGAUACCCGUAAAGCAUUACUUGCUAUUGCAACUGGUAUUGGUUUCCAAGGUUUUCUCGGCUGGUAUAUGGUCGCCAGCGGUCUGAAAAAUCCGCAUGCUGACGAGCCCGCGUCUGCGGUACCCCGCCCAGACUGGACGCCCCGUGUGGAUCAUUUCCGCCUUGCUGCUCAUCUCGGAACGGCCUUUAUUGUCUACAUUGGUAUGGUGUACAAAGCUGUCUCUAUACUGCGUGAUAACGCCUUGGUCAAGAAUCUGAAAAAAUCGCCUAACGAGACAGGCAAAAUGACUGAGGCGUUCAUGUACUUGCUGCAGAACCCCAAGGCUCGCGCUUUCCGCCGCGUGGGUACGGGCAUGCUGCUUUUCGCAUUCACAACGGCCAUCUAUGGCGCGUUUGUAGCUGGUCUGGAUGCCGGAUUGGUGUACAACGAAUUUCCCUUCAUGGGUCACCACCGCUUGCUGCCGCCAAAGGAAGAAGUUUUGGAUCCCCGCUAUUCUUUCCGCCUGAAAAACUCGUCUGAGCCUGAUGCGUCCAUGGUUGCGUUCGGUAACAUGACCCAAAAUCCUGUCACGGUGCAAGCUAUCCAUCGUGUGCUGGGUAUCUCCACGGUUGUGGCCAUGAUAGCCUUUUCAUUGUACGCAAAGCGCCUCAAGGCAUACAUUCCCAAAGCAGCUCCGCGCUUUGCUACUGGUGCGGCACACAUGUCGGGUCUCCAGGCGUUACUCGGUAUCUCGACGCUCCUAUAUAUGGUACCACUCCCACUUGCGUCCUUGCAUCAAGCAGGAUCCGUUGUCUUACUUACUAUGCUUACAUGUGCUCUUGGCGUCACUCGCAAACCUAAUGCACUCAUUCGUGCAUUUGCGCAACGCCAACGUAUGAUGGCUGGCAGCACCAAGCCUUCCAAGUCUCCGUAA